CCCCUUCCAUUUUCCCGUCCGGCCGGCGGCCAACACCCGCCACAACCAUGGCCCGCGCCACUACCGCCCGGCACCACCUCCUCCUCCUCCUCUGCCUCUCCAUCGCCGCGGCCACCGCGCGGGCGCACGGCGGGGGGGACGCGGAUGCGGACGGCGGCGACUCCCCGGCGCCCGACCUGCGCGCGCGCGGCCUGGUGGCGGCCAAGCUGUGGUGCCUGGCGGUGGUGUUCGCGGGCACGCUGCUGGGCGGGGUGUCCCCCUACUUCCUGCGCUGGAACGAGGCGUUCCUCGCGCUGGGCACGCAGUUCGCCGGCGGGGUCUUCCUCGGCACGGCGCUCAUGCACUUCCUCAGCGACGCCGACGAGACAUUCGGGGACCUGCUCCCGGACAGCGCCUACCCCUGGGCGUUCAUGCUCGCCUGCGCCGGCUACGUCGUCACCACGCUCGCCGACGUCGUCAUCGCCCACAUCGUCUCGCGGGGACGCGCCGCCGUUGGUUCCCGCGGCGGCGGCGGUGCAGGCCUUGAGGAGGGCAAGGUGAGCACCCCAAACGGCACCAGCUCUGAGCCACAGCAAGCUGAUGCGCACGGAUCUGAUCACUCGGUGGCAUCAAUGCUGCGCAACGCGAGCACCCUGGGAGAUAGCAUUCUGCUCAUCGCCGCCCUCUGCUUUCACUCCGUCUUCGAAGGCAUCGCCAUCGGAGUCGCUGAGACGAAGGCUGACGCGUGGAAGGCGCUGUGGACCAUCAGCCUGCACAAGAUCUUCGCGGCGAUCGCCAUGGGCAUCGCGCUGCUCCGGAUGCUCCCGAACCGGCCGCUCCUCUCCUGCUUCGCCUACGCCUUCGCGUUCGCCAUCUCGAGCCCCAUCGGCGUCGGCGUCGGCAUCGUCAUCGACGCCACCACGCAGGGCCGGGUGGCCGACUGGAUCUUCGCCGUCUCCAUGGGCCUCGCCACGGGCAUCUUCGUCUACGUCUCCAUCAACCACCUCCUCUCCAAGGGGUACAAGCCCCGGAGGCCCGUCGCCGUGGACACGCCGGUCGGCAGGUGGCUCGCCGUGGUGCUCGGCGUGGCCGUCAUCGCCGUUGUCAUGAUAUGGGACACCUGAUGUGAGAGAUAGAGAGACAUGGGAUUAUUAUGCAGAGUUUGGGGCGUUUGGUUCUUGCAGGAGGGAGUGAGGGACUUUUCUUAUAUUAUACUAGAUUUGAAGGGAAUUUGUGCCAAAUUGCUUUGGGAAAUUGUGCCAAAUCUCCAGGUAAAGAGAUCAACUUUCUCGAGGCAAGGUCGUAAGGUUUCGAUAAA